AUGGCGGGGAGAGGGCUCAUGGCGAUCUUUGCUGCCUGGUUUGCCUGCCUUCCACUUCUGGGACAUUCAAUGCGGGCAGAGCUCGAGGACAUAGAAUCGCAGAUGCUGAGUGACGCGGACGCGGCCAGCUUUGCCCAAGCAUCCGAGGUGCUGCUGAGAGCAGCUGACAGCUUCUACAUGAGCACUGAGAUGAUGGAGGAACGCCGAGAGGCCGAGGGCCACAUGCUGGCAGCCGGGCUUCAGGAGCUUGGGCUCGAGGUGCAAGACCGUUUCCGUUUGUUUGCGCUGGGUCGCGCGUUGAAGUUGGCCCAGCGUGCGAUCAGCCUUCACGAAGACCCGGAGCCGCGGAGCAGCACGCAACGAUGGAAAACUCUCAAGGCGAUGACCCACGCUGCGAUGAGCGGCUACAAUGCAAGUUGUGAAGACUCCGGCAACCUCAAUCGUUGGCUCCUGGACAUGACUGCGGCCGAAGGGACGAGGCAACAAGCGAACACCGCGGCGCACCUGAGGGCGCUGCAGGCUUUGCGGAACUAUUGCAGGCUCAAGGCGCUUGUCAAGGCCAAGGACGGCAAGAUCGAAGUGAGCAACGAGGACUUCCAGCGACUCCGUGAGAAGACGGAGAGAAUUGACGGUCACACCCCGCUGGAGCCCGUGCCGCGCGGCAGCAUCCACCAAACCGCGGAGGAAAAACGCCAAUGGCACAAGGCUGAAGCCAUGAAAGACCUCCAGUGGAUCGGCAACUGGAACCCUGCAAGCGUUCAGCAGCUGAAGGGCCUCUUCCUGAGGGCCACAGUCAUCAACAGGCGCCUCACCGCAUUAGCGGAUCUUAUCGCAAAGAACUCACAGGUGGAUUGGAUGACGGUGGAGAAGAAGUCGGAGAGGAAACUGUCACUCGGGGCUUUGGGCGAUGCUGUCGUUAAAGGUGUGAAAUUUGUUGGCAAAUAUACGAUGGAGUACAUCGCGAAGCUUGGGAAGAACACGCAGAUGUUCUUUGUGAACUGUUGGUCGAGCUUCAAGCAGCGGCUCUCGCAAUCAGAGCGCCGCUGCAAGAAGGAUGGCGAGAAAGGUUCCCUUCGUGCAGCCAAAAAAGCCAACCUGGGCACUGACAUGGGCGAGGAAGCCAUCACCGCGCGGGCGCAGACGCUUUCAGACACGAGCGCGGAGAACCUGCAAGUCCAGACGGCCAAAGUGGACGAAGCUCUCAAUGAGGCAGCAGACGAAGCAAAUCGAGGUGCUCUGCCGGAGGAGGAGGCAAGAGAAACAAUGCGCACGGCAAGAGAAACUGCCCAGAAUCUCCAGGGCGAACUCGUUAAUAACUCCGAUGAUCAUGCAGGAGUCAUGCAGAAGAUCGAUGACGCAGAGACGAGCAUCGAAACUGCGGAGACGCACGUGUGCCGAACAGCGCGCAAGGGCGCGGUGCAGCACCUCAAGGCCGUGUUUACGAAGGCGCAGAACGUCAUGAAAAGCUCUUUGAAGGUCACGGCACCGAAUCUGGCCAUCCGCGGCUCGGGCGUGAGUGCUGCUGGAAUUGGGGGAGGAGUUGAGGAGGUCAUUGACUUCCGGAACCGCGAGAUUGGGCAGUUCAGGUGGGGCGCCGGCUUCUUCGGGCCCUCAGUGACUGGAGCCAGCCUGGGCGGAUACGCCGGGUUCGGCUGGAAGGGCUACAAGCAGAACUGGACCUUGCAGGAGGCGUAUGUCACAGGCCUCUGGACUGCUGCGAGUUUAACGCCCUCCAUCUUCGGCAUCAACGCAGGGCUCGGCGUGACAUUUGCCACGGAUGCCGACAAUUCCGUCCCAGGCCCUUGGGUGCCGGAGCCCCACGGGGUGAACGGCGUCACCCUUGGCUGGAGCGCGGGCGCGAGUAUCAUGAAGGCCGUCACGCCGAUAUCUGUUGACGUGGGGGCGUCCUACUACUGGUACAUAAACUCGGAGUGCUUCAGCUCGCUCUCGGAGAUGGUAAAGUACAUUUGGCUGCCGCUGUGCAAGGAUUGCUCAGGAGCUUCUGAGCACACGAAGAUCGCCGCCAUCCGUUCGGGCAUCAAGCUGACCAGCUUCCCGAUUAUCAGUGAGACUGUCUUUUCGCUGAUGGCAACUGUCUAUGACACAUAUGUUCGGGAGCCUGGCUAUGAGACCCAGUGUUCACCAUCGAGUGUCACCUUGCGACACGACGCGAGCCACUACCUGCGUCAGCUCGGAGAACUGGUUCUUGCCAAUGCCAAAAUGCUGGAAGAGGUGCGCAAACAAUUUGACAAGGUUGUUUCCGAGAUGGUGGUCGCUGAGAUGUACAACCCAGACUUCGAAGACUCCGAAGAGUAUGAUGAAUUCUUCGAGGCGGCCAGCAACAAUUUUGACACCUGCGCUGCGAGGGGCCCAAUCAACUCCAUCGAGGCAGAGAAUGGCAGGAGCUGGAGGAAGGAGAUGAGUGAUGAUGACCUCACUCGACUCUGCGAGUCAUACAGCAAUGAAAGUGGACUGGACUUGAAUUGUGACGUCGAGGAGUCUCGAAAAGCUCGCGAGGAGCGAGUUGCAAACUAUGAGCAGCUUCAGAUGGGCACGCUGUCAGUCGAGGAGCUGGGUGCGCUGAUUCAUGACGUGCGGCCGACUUCCAAAGCAGGCAAGAAAUUCAAGGAGGCGCAAGAGGCCUGCCACUCCCUGUCGGAGGCAGAACAAGAAAAUUGCCUCAGCUCUGUGAACGCGCUCAAGGUGCUGCAGUUGGUGGAUGACUCGGUUCUGUCUCAAAUCUGCCAGCGCAAGGGCUUGGACUGCAAGCAGCCAUCAAAAAUGAUAUGGAAGGCAUGCACCUGGUGCAAGAAGAACGACUUUGAUGCAAUAUCGCAGGGUAUGAAGAUCUUACUCACCGACGGUGGCGGUACGGAAGACCAAGCUAGUGCGGAUCACCCGUUCGGUACAUGCACCACCGAUGCUGACUGUUGGUUGGAGAACACGAAAUGCAUUGGCGAAGAUGAAGAGAGGUUCUGUGGUUGCAAGGACUCAUGCUACACCUUGAUCCAGAAUCCCGCCAAUCCGGACGACAAGUUCGACUUGAUCCCGGCGUGCGAGGCGAGGAUCGAUGACACCAUCCGCGUGCUGGAUGACUACUUGGCAGAUGUCUACCACGAGGUGGACUGCACCCGCAUCGCGUUGGACCCCCGCUUCAAGAACAUGGAGGGGUCCAUUGGUGCAGUCUACUACAACUUUCCGCAUGCUGGCGCGGCAUGGGUGGACCUGCAACCUGGCCAAGGACACGUCACUGGCUUUUACGACAGCCAUCCGAUCGUGAACUGGAGACACGAGAACCUCAUGCGACUGUUCUUCCGGAACCUUCGGUACUUCGUCAAGCCCAGAGGUCUUGUGAAGAUCGCCUCAAACAUGGGCGCCGUUGGGGUCCGCUUCUCCUACAUUCUCGGAUCUGCGGAGCAGAACGAGUUUCAGCAUGUGGAGACCUUGCCGUUCUUGGAGUGGUCGCUCCACCGCUACGGGCGUGCUUAUGGGGACCGCCGCGACAAGAAGAAACGGCCUGGAGAUGGGCAAGGUUACAAUGCACAGAAGGCCGAGUCAGAUAUGGUGUACACCUUUGAGUACCGGCCAUCUGGCAGGGAGUUGCCACCUCAAGAGAUCAAGCUGCCGCCGACCUUCCAGACAAUCAUCGGAUGCAACGAUGGCCCCUUCAAGAACUUGGAUCACAAUUCCAGCAUGGCCUUAGCCAGGCAGUUGCACGAGCGCUUCAUCAAAGAGGUUUCCGGCACUCACGUGGGCUGA